CUGGGUUCUGGAACCAGUCAGAUGCAGUUGAUAAACGGGAGGAAGCUUUGCGGCCCCACGGGCAGGGCAAGUUUCGGGUUGAGAACAGGAUGAUCCCCUUUUGAAUGCACACGUAUCAAUCGUCAUUGUUCGUUGUGCCCACAGCCCACUUCAACCCGUUCCCACACUCCAACUGCCAUUUCCACGAUAGCAUCACCCCUAUCCGCAAAAGGUCAGACGACACAUUGCACUUCACAGCAUCGUUUCGGUGAAUUCGAAAGCCAGCUAGCUCUAGAUCGAUAGACUCGCUUACCGCACCAAACACUCAAAAUGUCUUCGCCUCAGGACCGCGCCCAGCAGUACAUCGGCCAGCUCGAUAAGGAGCUGUCCAAGUACCCUACCCUCAACAACCUCGAGAAGACCACCGGCGUUCCCAAGGCUUAUGCCGUCAUCGGUCUCGUUGCUCUCUACUUCUUCCUGAUCAUCUUCAACCUCGGCGGCCAGCUCCUCACCAACCUCGCUGGCUUCGUCCUCCCCGGAUACUACUCGCUCAAUGCCCUCUUUACCGCUUCCAAGCAGGAUGAUACCCAGUGGCUCACUUACUGGGUUGUUUUCUCUCUCUUCACCGUCAUUGAGAGCUUGAUCAGCGUCGUCUACUGGUUCCCCUUCUACUUCACCUUCAAGUUUGUUUUCCUCCUCUGGCUCUCUCUCCCUACCUUCAAGGGCGCCGAGACCAUCUUCCGCUCUUUCCUCGCCCCCACCCUUGGCCGUUACUUCCAGAAUGGCUCCACCGCCAGCGGCCUCCGCGCCAAGGCUGACGCCGUCCACACUGACUAAGCGUCUCAUGGGCAACUGCCGGGCCUCUUCCGCUCGUUACAAAGUGUGCCGCUUUGAAUGAGGCCCGAGAAUAGACAGGCAGAUAGAUGCACGGCCAUCAAGUCUUUGCGCUGGGCUUGUUGGCAACCAGUCACGCGCGUGCAAGAUUAUCACAACAAAAUCGGGGUAGAGGGAUAGUUUGUUAACUGGAAAUGUUGGGGAUAUGAGGUGGUUAUAAGAGGACAUGUGGUUACAGAAGAUGGUGGCAGGAUGAUUGAGCCUGAUGCGUCUAGAGAAGUAGGGGCAUAUUUGGUAUCUAACGAUUGAAUAAGUGGCAGCAAUGAAAGCAUUCCUUGCAUUUGGGUUGCUAUCACUGAAACACUGAGACGUAUUCGACGUGAAAGGGCCAUAGCUGGCCAUCGUGUAGACGAAGCAAUGGGACACAUCACAUGAUUGCAAUGU